AUGUCGGGCUCUGUGGAGGGAAAAAACGUAGCAGAGUGUGCAAGGACGCGCGACGAAGAAUUCUGGUAUAGCGACGGAAACAUCAUCCUCCUCGCACAUGACGUCGAGUUCCGCGUAUACAAGGGGCUUCUCGCCGAGCACUCUCCCGUGUUCAGAGACAUGUUCUCUCUCCCUCAGCCACCCUGCCCCAAUACAGUCCUCUCAGAGGAUGCCUGUCCCGUCGUCCAACUGUCCGACUCCCCCGAAGACCUUCGCCAUAUCCUACGUGUAUAUAUGCCCAAACUCGGGAGCCCGAGCGUUCCCACAUACUCGUACGAUGCAAUCGCAGCCGCGGUCCGGCUUGGGCACAAAUACCAGAUGUCGGGUUUACUCGAUGAUGCGCUCAAGUAUCUGAAGACGUAUUACCCAACCGACUACGAUGAAUGGUCAGCAUUGACCGAAUACGGCCCUCCCGGCUCAGGAUUCGAAAAGAUGCAUGCCAUUGGCGUCGUCAAUCUCGCCCGUCUCACGAACGAGGCUGACCUUCUCCUGAUGGCGCUGUUGGUCUGCACCAUCAUGACCGACGCAAAAAGGCUGGUUCACGGAUUCCAGCGCGAAGACGGCUCGCGCGAACAACUCACGCUGGACGACAUCGCACUCUGCUAUUCUGCGAGGAGCCGCCUUAUUGAGGAGUCCACCAGAGUAACGCUCCGUGUCUGCCGUCCGGAGGUCUUAAAAGCAUGCGAGACGCCACAGAACUGUGUUCGAAUAUUCCAGCAGGCGCUCCGAUCACUCGAAGAUCAAAAUCUCACCAGCGUCGCAUUCCUGGAUCCAUCUAUCCGUGUGCGCGCCGUCAAUACCUUACUCCGUAAAAAGGCUUCGAGCCUGUGCGAGCCCUGCCGGACUAUGGCUGAACAGCGCGAUGCACGGGAGAGGAAAGCGGUCUGGGACAAGCUGCCGAACAUCUUCGACCUCUCGUUACCCCCGAAAACUCCGAUCUCUCAAGGUACGUGCAACUACCACUCCAACUUGAACAAGGCUGACUCUCCGAUGUUGAUCUAG